ACAAAGCCUGGCGCCGUUUUCAAACUGGGUUUCGUCUUUGAGCCAAAGAUGUUGAAUAUGUAUGGGACUAUUUAUAAUCCACCCACUCACCUGUUUACUUCUUCUGUGAAGGAGCUCUCACAAGGUUAUAGUAAGUUGUCAGACGAGUAUUUUCCCUCGAACAUGGCAUUCAAGUCCUAAAAAACAUCCGAUUUUCCGAUUGUUACUCUAUGAAUUGUAAUUUGUCUGUAAUUUUGUGAGUCGUUAAAUUUGAAUUAAGUGUUGGCUUCACAGCGUAGCCUUUUAUAAUGUUUACUCACUGUCAUUUGAUUCUGUUGCAACAUAGAUUUAAGUUUGUGCUUAUACACAUAAAUAGUUAAUGGAGGUAAUACUCUUCGUUCGGGAGCUUAAUAGUUUAGUCUGGAUGUUGCAAAAUGGCUUAUCAAUAGUUCAUUCAGUACAUGUGGUUCCACGUUUCGAAGGGAGCAGGACUUUUACGGAUAUUCAGUUUCUACCUUUAGGGAUGGACAAAAUUAUCAUUAGUGCUACUUUUUCAGACCUAACGCCAUGGUCAGAAAAUAACUUUAAUCAGAGACACUGAGUGGUAUCCAAACGAAUAGUAAAUUCGGUUACUACAAUCAGAGUAAAGCACCAAUUUUAAAUGAUUCCAACGGGUUUACGUUUUAGGUCUCAAAAGUGUCUUUCGCAUGUUCGUGGGUGGAGAAAGGACAUGCUGAAUUUUGUGCUGUUUGAUAGUAAUGGAAGUCUGUGGCCGAAGUUUGUAAUUCGGUGUCUGUUCCCAUUCAUGACUAUCUUUUAAUAACUAGCCGUCAUAUAAUCAUUUUAAACAGUACUAAAAAUAAGUAUCGCAAAUACGAUUUCAUGGUACCUGCUUUGUUUUGCUUGUGUGUGGUAGGUUCAUUACGUAAUCCAGUAGCGUGUCUGUUAGUAAUGCAUCUACAGACUUUUCAACACAGCACAUAAACAAUCGUAAAGCAUACUUAGCGAAAACAGCCGUAAAUUAAUUUAUAGAUUCGUUUUAUUUGUUUAUACGAAAUUCCAUCACCGAUGCUCUUCAUUCGUUUGUGUGUUUCGAGAGGGAGAGCUAACUCCCCUCAUUCUCGGCCGUAACAGGGCAUUUGGGGGCCGAAGUUAUUGCUUCUUUAAUCACUUGUCAGUUGCUGUCCAUUGUGGUUUCAUCUUCUAGUAGUUAUUUUCAAACUUGGUACUGAAAGCCAUGUUGAACUCACUGAGUUUGUUAAAAUAUCGAAGGCAGGUUGUGUUAAACUUUUGUACUGCUGCUUGUCCAAUCGCUGAACGAUCCCUUGGUUUCAUUGUUAGUUUGGUUGCCACCAGGAGAUGAUCUAAAUCAUCAUCAGCUGCUCUCUUCGUUCUCACGUCUUUAAUGUGUUUUCUCAGUUUUUUUAUCCAUACAGAUAUGAUCGACUUAAUUGUCUGUAGUAUGGUUCAUUGAGAUCUACGUAGCUUUAUGUAUUCAGUUCUGGGAGAAAUGCUGCCACAAGUAACCAUGUUGAAAGCACAGAUCUACUAGUCUCAAGGCCCGUGCCACUCCAUAGUACGUUAUAACUCAGUGUUGCUCAUCCUAACUUUGGUGUUAAAUCCACUCAUCAGGGUAGUCAGGUCUUUCCUUGGGCUUCUCUGGAAUCGACUGCAACCCCAUCAAAUUGGUAUUUAUCAUCACUUGGGAGAUGCUUUGAUGAUCCGGGAGCUAUGAGAUUCCCAUCCCAUAAACACUUUAAAUUUCUUUGAAAAGCGUCAGUGCAUCUCAUAAUGUGUGGGAGACAUUUUCUUCGUAACCAAAAUACAGUAGUGGCUUUCCUGAAAUCAGUCCUCUUUGUCCAGGUCGUGUCCACUAGGUUUUACUUUGAAGCCUAGUCUCAUUUCUCCGACUAUUUAAAUAAUCCUCUGGUUUUCCCACAUUGUGCAAACAUUUCAUGUACUUAUAUUAUUUAUCUGGUUAUUGGAAGGGUCCUCGGCUUCAUGGAUUCUUGAGAAUCUCGACUUUCAUCACGGGGCGUCAUAAUUCUAAAUAAAAACUGUUCAACUCUCAGGAUACAGUUUAGACGACUUUUUCUGACUGGAGUUUUCUUGGAGGGGUUUUUCUCUUGGGGUCUAGUUGCUAACCUUAUCUCAACUCUCCUUCCUUAUCCGGGCUUCGGACCGGUAGUAUCACCACUGGGCGGAGUUGUCGAUCGCGUACAAGUGGCUACAAAUUGGGGUCUCAAAUUUUUCUAGACUCAUUAGAGUUUUCAUAAGCGACUGUUGAUAUUGGUCACUGAAUAUGACGUAUUACUCUUUUAUGGCUUAGUAGUUAACGAAUUUAAAUGCUGAAAUAUGGGUUCAACCUGUGCUUCACUACGGUUUGGGCAUCUGCACAAUAUCAUCUUAUACUGAUGCAAUAUCGUGUGCCUCGUAGCCGAGUAAUCCAACCCAUAUGUUUUUUUCUAGUCACCUCAUCUUCAUUUACCUGAUUUAGAACUAUAAUUUUUCUGGAUUAGUAAUACUGACAAGACGCCUGUCUGUCAUUGAAAGGUUACCUCAGAAGUACAUAAACCUUGUGAAGGCUCUUUACUCGAACACCACUAGUUGAGUCAGAGCUCAUGGCAAACUGUCAUCUGCUUUUGAAACCUCAAUUGGUGUCCGUUAAGACUGUCCACUUUCUCCAUUUUCGUUUAACUUCAUCAUAGACCUACUAAUGGAAAUAACGCUCUCGUCGACUGAAUUUUCGGGCAUUGAUCUACCAGGAGGUCUACUUAUCGACUUAGAAUACGCAGAUGAUAUAGUCCUGUUUAGUGAAGACGCUGAUAAAAUGCAGAGUUUUUUGGCAGCACUGAGCAACAAUACCAGAAUAUUUGGGAUGCGCUUCUCCCCCUCUAAAUGCAAGUUAUUGCUUCAGAACUGGCCUGCAUCAACACAUGAACUAAGGGUAGGGAGUGAAGUGAUCAAACGCGUUGACAACUUCAUUUAUCUUGGAAUUCUGAUCAGCCCUAAUGGGUUGGUGUUUGACGAAAUCUCAGCACGGAUUCGAAUAGCUCGUUUUGCUUUUGCCAACUUACGUCAGCUAUGGCGAAGGCUAGAUAUCCGUCUAUCGAUUAAGUAUACUGCGCGGCAGUUCGUUCUGUUCUACUUUACGGCUGCGAAACGUGGCCAUUAAGAGUAAAAGAUACUCGUGAGCUACUAGUAUUUGACCACAGAUGUCUUAGAAAUGUUGCUCGCAUCCGCUGGGAUCACCAGGUAAGUAAUAGUGAGGCUAAACGCACGGUAUUAGGGGAUGAUGGUAAAUCAGUCGAUGGACUUGUGAAUCUUCAUCGACUGAACACCGAUUACCAAGACGCGCAAUGCUGACUAGUGUUGCGGAUGGUUAGAAGAAAGUUAGGGGCGGCCAAACCAAAACGUCGCAUCAGUGCUUGCAGUCACUAACUUCUAGCCUGAGCUAUGUUGGUAGAUGCAGUCUACUCGGUUAGGGUCUGCGUAACUAUCGUAAUCAAUGGUUGGAGACUCUGGGUGACAAGACUUAAUCGAUCACAAUGGUAUAGGUGUAUACACUCACUGUCUUCCCCUAAACUAUGAGAUUAAAAUCGCUUCAUACCUUCCUUUCUACGAACUAAUCCUUUCUUCCUGUACUGUGUCCUUAUAUGCAGUUUUUCUUUCAUAUAUUACCAUCACUGAAUUAACUACUUCUAUGAGUCCAAUGUUGAUCUUGUUAUGCUAAUGGGGUAUGGUAACUUGGACCGAUGUACAUAUGUGCCUGGUCCAACAUUGUAGCUGACUGAUUGAGACGAAUAGUCAAUAACUUCGGUCAGUGAUUUGUGAUUUUUCUUAGUUAUGAAAAAGCAUAUAUUGAUUCUAUAUUGUCAGAAACCCGCACUAUCAGUACCUGACACAUUACUGAAAUAUUCUGUUGUCUAUCCUGCAUGUGGUUAAAAAGACCUGUGAUGCCAUAUAUUUCACUCCCAUUUUUGAUUACUUCCUGAUGUCUUAUUCUUCCUGAUUUAUUCUAAUUUUGAAGUAAGAAUGUUUUUUAUGUUCGUAAACAUUUUUGUCAAAGAAUAAAUUUACAAUUCUAUCAGUCUUGUUAGCCGUCUAGCCAUUCUAAAAGAUUUGCGGAUGUAGCUUUUGUUAUCAUAUAAUUCUUGCAAAUUAUAGAUGCUGUCUCUGGAACUGUAAAUUCGGGUCUGUCCAACAUAACAUCAAAUAACCCAGUUAGUCCGGCCCAUUGUCAGUCGUCUGUAGUCGGACCAAUCGGGUGCGGAUCUUCAGGCUCCACUGUUAAUAAUGGCAAUCAUUCUCUUCCACCCCUCUGUGGGAUGGCUUCUAAAACACCUGGGGCUCCGUACGGGAUUAGUAAUGGACCGACUGAAGUUGUUCAUAACAACAUCAGUAAUGGAAGUGCAGCAAACGGUAGUGGAUCCUCUCCUCCUGUUGUAGGUGGUGUUGGAGACGCACCUCCUUUAAGUGUUGGAGGAGCUGGUAGUAGUGCAGGACCAGGAAGUAAUAGCAGUGGCUCUGGUGGUGCCGGUGGAUCUAUUGGAGGGAGUGGGAGUGGACACUCGUCUGCGUCUACUCAACAUCUUAUACAAUUCGAACCACCUGCUCGACCUGGAAGAGGUUCAGAGGGUCGCUGCAUCAGUUUAAGAGCUAAUCACUUUGAAAUAAGAAUGCCUAAAGGAUUUCUUCAUCAUUAUGAUGUCUCUAUCACACCUGAAAAAUGUCCAAGACGCGUAAACCGUGAAAUAAUCGAGACUAUGGUCAAUUCAAUGCACUAUCAAAAAUACUUUUACAACCAGAAACCAGUCUUUGAUGGUCGCAGAAAUAUGUAUACUCGUGAGCCACUUCCAAUCAGUAAGGAGAAGGUUGAACUGGAAGUUACUCUACCUGGAGAAGGAAAAGACAGAGUUUUUCGUGUUGCCAUUAAACAUGUUUCAGAAGUCUCUCUUUUCGCCUUGGAAGAAGCUCUAGGUGGUCAUAACCGACAUAUUCCAAAUGAUGCUGUCAUAUCGUUGGAUGUUAUCAUGCGUCAUUUACCGAGCAUGAGCUACACGCCAGUUGGUCGAUCUUUUUUUCAAAAUCCUGAUGGAUAUGAAAAUCCUCUCGGUGGUGGUCGAGAAGUAUGGUUUGGUUUUCAUCAGAGUGUUCGACCUUCUCAAUGGCGUAUGAUGCUAAAUAUCGAUGUAUCUGCGACUGCAUUCUACAAAGCACAAUCUGUUAUUGAUUUUAUGUGCGAAGUAUUAGAUAUAUCGGAUAAGAAUGAACAACGUCGACCAUUAACUGAUAGUCAGCGAGUGAAAUUUACGAAAGAAAUUAAAGGUUUAAAAGUUGAGAUCACUCAUUGUGGUACAAUGCGACGUAAAUAUCGUGUGUGUAAUGUGACACGACGACCUUCUCAAACUCAAUCAUUCCCUUUACAAUUAGACACUGGUGCUACAGUUGAAUGUACUGUUGCUAAAUACUUUCAAGAACGUUAUAAUAUACGCCUAGACUACCCUCAUUUGCCAUGUCUUCAAGUUGGUCAGGAACAAAAGCACACGUAUUUACCAUUAGAGGUUUGUAAUAUGGUAGCAGGUCAGAGAUGUAUUAAAAAGCUAACUGAUAUGCAGACAUCUACUAUGAUUAAGGCUACAGCUCGUUCAGCCCCCGAUCGUGAAAAAGAAAUCAAUAAUCUUGUGAAGCGAGCUAAUUUCAAUGCUGAUCCUCAUUUACAAAUGUUCGGCAUUAAUGUUAACACACGUAUGGCUGAAAUCCAGGGUCGAGUCAUUCCUGCGCCAAAGAUUCAGUAUGGUGGACGUACUAAAGCUCAAGCUUCUCCACAGCUUGGUGUAUGGGAUAUGCGAGGUAAACAAUUCUUUUCAGGCAUUGAAAUAAAAGUUUGGGCCAUCGCUUGUUUUGCACCACAGCGUAUCGUUCGUGAAGAAUCACUCAGACUGUUUACUCUACAACUUCAGAAAAUUUCCAAUGAUGCUGGUAUGCCUAUUUUAGGACAACCUUGUUUUUGUAAAUAUGCUACUGGUCAAGAUCAAGUUGAACCAAUGUUUCGAUAUUUAAAAAAUACUCAUGCUGGUUUACAGUUGAUUGUAGUUGUUCUUCCUGGGAAAACCCCUGUUUACGCUGAGGUCAAGCGCGUUGGCGAUAUUAUGUUUGGUCUUGCAACACAAUGUGUUCAGUCAAAAAAUGUAAAUAAAACAUCACCUCAAACACUCUCUAAUCUUUGUCUUAAAAUCAAUGUUAAAUUAGGCGGUAUCAAUUCUAUUAUCGUUCCAAGCGUCCGACCUGCUGUUUUCCGUGAACCAGUUAUCUUUCUUGGUGCAGAUGUUACACACCCUCCAGCUGGUGAUAAAACUAAGCCAAGUAUUGCUGCCGUUGUUGCUAGCAUGGAUGCACAUCCAAGUCGUUAUUCAGCUACUGUACGUGUUCAAUCGCAUCGUCAAGAAAUUAUACAUGAUUUAUAUCCAAUGGUUAGAGAUUUGUUACUGCAGUUCUAUCGAGCUACUCGUUUCAAACCAACUCGUAUUAUUUACUAUCGAGACGGUGUUGGUGAAGGUCAAUUUUUAAAUGUUUUAAAUCAUGAACUCCGUGCUAUCCGUGAAGCAUGUGUCAAAUUAGAAUUAGGCUAUCAACCUGGUAUUACUUUCAUUGUUGUGCAAAAGCGGCAUCAUACACGUCUAUUUUGUGCUGACAAAAAAGAUCAGAUGGGUAAAUCUGGGAAUAUACCUGCUGGAACAACAGUUGAUCAAGUUAUUACUCACCCAACGGAAUUCGAUUUCUAUUUGUGUAGUCAUGCAGGCAUUCAAGGCACUUCACGACCUAGUCAUUAUCAUGUAUUAUGGGACGAUAAUAGAUUUAGUGCUGAUGAUAUACAAAAUUUAACUUAUCAAUUAUGUCAUACAUAUGUACGUUGUACUCGUUCUGUGUCAAUUCCUGCUCCAGCCUAUUAUGCACAUUUAGUUGCAUUUCGAGCACGAUAUCAUUUAGUUGAAAAAGAAAUAGAUAGUGGUGAAGGAAGUCAAAAAUCAGGCAAUUCAGAUGAACGUACACCUACGGCUAUGAUGAGGGCUGUUACAGUUCAUCCGGAAACCUUAAGAGUCAUGUACUUUGCCUAAUGUUUACACAUGUCAAACAAACUGUGACCCCCCCCCCAAAGAAAUCUAGCUCUCAUUCACAUUGUCUUUUGCUAAAACAAACGAGACAGCCAAGGCAAACACAACUGACCUACAAUAACCACCUCUCAGUUGGCAGCUGUAAAAUGCAUUGUCAUUUGUGUGUAUCUUUCAGGUUGCUUUUUUUCUUUCAAACUGCAUUUCUGAAUACUAUGUAUUUUUAUUUACUUUCCUCCUUAUGUGCCAACCACUACUACUUUCUUUUUGUCGAGGGGAGGACCAUUAGAGUCUUCUUUCAUUGUAAUAGUUUAUUAAAUAAUCGUAGCAGUAAUAAUAAUAAUUAUUAUAAUUGCUAUUAUUAUCUACGUUCAUCUUGACUUCUUUGUUCUUUGUGGGCUGUGUUUUAAUAAUCAAUGUUGCCUAAUAGAAUAGUACUGGUCGUUAUAAUUGCCAGUACAUAAAUUUAUACUACUACUCAUGAUAAUAGUAAUACAUUUUUGUACAGUACAUAAUGCAUUAAUUUAUGUAUUAUUAUUAUUAUAGACGUUAAUUAUAAUUGCUACUAUCAUUAUUACUUGUAUGUAUCGUUUAAUUUGGUGUUGUACUUACACUCAUCACGCUAUGAAUAUAUUUACAUACUUUUUUUCCUUCUUUAUUCACGACUCCAAAUAUUCUCAUUUUCUUUGAGCACCGUAUUUUCAAAUUAAUAUACCCAUAAUAAGUAACAAUGCUGAUGAUAAUGAUGAUGACAAAUAAUCAUUAUCACAUAUAAUACUUUCAUAUAUCCCAAUAAAAGGGAAUUAUACAUUCAUUCUCCUGACCAUUUUAUUGCAUUCUAUAAAUAUUUGAAAAAAAUAAUAAACAUAUAUAUUAUAGAAUAAUAAA